AGAAGAAGAAAAAAGAGAAACCAGUGGUAUUGACCGUCAUUUCAUUGGUGUAAUGUGGCUGUCAGCUAAGUAGAAACUAAUUUAAUCCGGAGUAUUAAAGUGUAUGUGUUCCGUUAGCAGUGGGCAAUGUCUACACGGGCUCUGCGAAGGCUCAGAGGGAAACAGCGGGGUCAGGAGGCCUUGGACCUCGGGGAUCUAACUUUGGGCGACAGCACGGAGGAGCAGGCUGAGGGUGAGGAGGAGCAGCUGGACGUGGCUAAUGUUUCUCACUCGUCUGACGGGAAAGCCAGCAGCCGAAAGGCAAAGAAAAACAAGGCUCAGAAAAACUUCAGCAACAUUUAUGAACUGAUUUGUGAUGAAGACAAUGAGGCAGAGAAAAUCGCACCUGAUGAAGACACAGAGAAACCAAAUGGAAAUAAAACGAGUGGUAUGGAAAAUAAGGAUAACAGAGACACUGACAAACCAGAUCAAAGACAACAGGAAACAUCUACAAAGUCUUUGUCUGGAGAUAGAGUGAAAAAGAAGAAGAAAAAGAAGAAGACAAAAGUGACAUCAGAGGAUGGACAGAAGGUUGUACCUGAUGACAACAUUGAUUUAUUGCUGGACAACUUGGAGCAGCCCAAUGAUCUGAGUUUGCAAAAUGAACAUUGCGGAGGCUCUGACAGACGAGCUGUGCUACAUGUGGAGCACAGGAAUCUCAACCCAGAGACAGAGCUGAAGAGAUACUUUGGGGCUCGAGCUGUUCUUGGGGAUCAAAGACCCCGACAGAGAAACAGACAGUUUCACCGUAGCACCUGGAUGACCAGCCCCAAGGACAGCUGGCCUCGCUUUAGCCGCCCAGGAAUAUCAAUGACUUUACUGCAGACAAAGGAUGGCAUUCAGUACUUCACCUUUGAGCACACCCGAGAUUACCAACAAGUACAGUUUAAGUUCCUGGAUGCUGUUGAGUCCAUGGAUCCCAACAACAUUGUGGCCCUGCUGCAGCUUAAUCCUUACCACAUUGACUCCUUGCUACAGCUUUCUGAUGUCUGCCGCAUACAGGAGGAUCAGGAGAUGGCUAGGGACCUCAUCGAAAGGGCUUUGUACAGCUUUGAGUGCGCUUUUCACCCUUUAUUCAGCCUGACCUCAGGUACCAGCAGACUUGACUAUUUGAGACCAGAAAACAGGGCAUUUUAUCUCGCUCUUUAUAAGCACAUGAUGUUCCUGGAGAAGAGAGGAUGCCCGCGGACAGCUUUGGAGUACUGCAAACUGAUCCUGAGUUUGGACCCAGACUGUGACCCACUUUGCAUGCUCCUGCUCAUUGAUUUCCUGAUGCUGCGGUCCAGAGAGUACCAGUCUCUCCUCCAAUUACAUCAGGACUGGGAGGAACACAGAAAUCUGUCCCAGCUGCCAAACUUUGCUUUCUCCACUGCGCUUUGCCAUUUCCAUCUCAGUCAGCAGGAAGAUAUGGAUUCGGACGAAAGAGACAAAGAAAAACACAAAGCAGAUCAGAUGCUGCAGAAUGCUCUCAUCAUGUUCCCUGGAGUCUUGAUGCCUCUGCUGGAUUUGUGCACGGUGCAGCCAGAUGCCACAGUCACCUCACAUGCCUUCUUUGGCCCUAAGAGUCAGAUAGGGCAGCCCCCAGCCCUGGCUGAACUGACUGCUCUGUAUGUGGGGAGAACUUACACCAUGUGGAGGGAGGCAGCAGUAAUGCUUUGGUUGGAAGAGUCUGUGAAGGAAGUGCUGCAUCGAGUGGAUUCAAAAGACCCUGUAGUGGAGGAUUUCCAAAACAAGAGAAAGCAGAGGUACCAGAGUGCACCGAGGAACAUCCAUCGCCACGUCCUCCUCUCUGAGAUCAAGGAAGCCACCUCAAGUCUGCCUCUUGAGGUGACUACUCAGCCCGUGAUGGGCUUUGAUCCUCUACCUCCACUGGACUCAGUGAUAUCGUAUACCCGACCAGAGAGGCAGCAUGUUGGUGCAUCCAAUGAGAGUACAUUUUCACUGUUUUUCCGGUCUUUGCUGCCAAAUUUCAACCUUCAGGGUGGACCAAGGCAGGACGAUGAUAUGGAAGUGGCGCGAGCUGGUCAGGAGCUGAACCAGGAAGUAAAUCGUCUUAUGGUGGCAAUGAGGGACAUGCUGGCAAACAUCAGGUUUCAAGAGCCACCGAGAGAGGACAACCCCUAUAGAGAUGAGGAGGAAUGGGACUGAGAGGAGGGAGACAGAGGUGGAGUAAUAGGUUUUGAGGAGAAUGAAGAGGAGUCAAGCAGAUAAAGAAGCUUCCAAAAAUGAACUACAUUUAAGAAAAAUGAAAUAUUUAGUGGUGUUAAUAAUCAUUAAAAAGAAAUGAAAAGGGA